AUGGAGGUGAAGGAUCUGGACCCUAUGGGAAUAGAGGAAGACCAUGAGGAGGCCAGUCCUGCCAAGCCAGUGGGUGACGGCGACGCCGCCCGCGUCCAGGUCUCCCCCUCCCUAGAGCUCAGCCCCGGCAGCUCUUCCCGAGAGGGUUGGAGUGGGGGGCACCCGGGCCAGCCGGGUCAGGACUGCUCCGCGGGGAGGCUGGUGCAGCCCCCGGCGCCCGGAGCGCGAGUCAGUGCGCAGCCGCCCGGGGAGGCAAGGGGCGCGGCGGGAGAGUCGAUCCAGGGGGCGCGGACUACAAGUCCCGACAGGCCUCGGGCAGGGCUGGGCGGUGCCGGAGCGGGGCCGGGAGGCCAGCCGGGCCCGGGCGUGCGCGGUGGUUCUCGGGAGUGGCGGGGCGGGUCCUCCCGGCUGUCAGCUGUGGCCCUGGGCGCUCGGGCGGGGGUGGUAGCGGCCAUUGGCCGAGAGGCGGGAGGGGCUGGGCUGCCGCGAGCCGCAGCGGGUUCAGGCCGAGCGGGAGGAGGCGGAGCGGGGCGGAGGCGGCGGGCGGCGGGCCGGGGAGGCGCGCGCCGGUCUGCUGCGUUCCGGCCUGGCCAUGGCAGCGGCGCCCCUGAAGUGUGCAUCGUGGGCUCGGGGAACUGGGGUUCAGCUGUUGCAAAAAUAAUUGGUGAUAAUGUCAAGAAACUUCAGAAGUUUGCCUCCACGGUCAAGAUGUGGGUCUUUGAAGAAACGGUUAAUGGGAGAAAACUGACAGACAUCAUAAAUAAUGACCAUGAAAAUGUAAAAUAUCUCCCUGGACACAAGCUGCCAGAAAACGUGGUUGCUGUUGCGAACCUCAGCGAGGCCGUGCAGGACGCAGACCUGCUGGUGUUUGUCAUCCCCCACCAGUUCAUCCACCGGAUCUGCGAAGAGAUCACCGGGAGGGUGGCCAAGGACGCGCUGGGCAUCACCCUCAUCAAGGGCAUAGACGAGGGUCCUGAGGGGCUGAAGCUCAUUUCCGACAUCAUCCGAGAGAAGAUGGGCAUUGACAUCAGCGUGUUGAUGGGAGCCAACAUUGCCAAUGAGGUGGCUGCUGGGAAAUUCUGUGAGACCACCAUCGGCAGCAAGGUAAUGGAGAACGGCCUUCUCUUCAAAGAACUUCUGCAGACUCCAAAUUUUCGAAUUACAGUGGUGGAUGACGCGGACACGGUUGAAGUGUGCGGUGCUCUGAAGAACAUUGUGGCCGUGGGAGCCGGGUUCUGCGACGGCCUCCGCUGUGGCGACAACACCAAAGCCGCUGUUAUCCGCCUGGGGCUCAUGGAAAUGAUCGCCUUUGCCAGGAUCUUCUGCAAGGGCCAGGUGUCCACGGCCACCUUCCUGGAGAGCUGCGGCGUGGCUGAUCUGAUCACCACCUGCUAUGGGGGCCGGAACCGCAGGGUGGCCGAGGCCUUUGCCAGGACCGGAAAGACCAUCGAAGAAUUGGAGAAGGAGAUGCUGAAUGGGCAGAAGCUGCAAGGACCUCAGACUUCGGCCGAGGUGUACCGCAUACUCAAACAGAAGGGGCUGCUCGACAAGUUUCCAUUGUUCACUGCAGUGUACCAGAUCUGCUACGAAGGCAGGCCCGUUCAAGAGAUGUUGUCUUGUCUCCAGAGCCAUCCAGAGCAUAUAUAAAGUGAAUCUUGCAACCUGUCAGGGAAAGGCCUGCCUUUCCGAUCAGUCAUUUGGAUUCAGAUGGAAACCGGGACUUGGCAACAAGAUGUUUGCUUGACCGUAAUCCCAUCAUGGAUGUGUAUGAAUUUUUACAGGUUCAUUUUUGAAUUGCGAAAUGAAGUUCAUUAGCUAAGAUGUUACUGGGCAACAUCUAGAUGCACAUAUAUGAACGUGUGAGUGUGUGUUCCUUUUUCAUUCUGUGGAUGUUUCUAUGAACCAAAAUUAAAGGCCCUUUUUAAAAAUCA